AGCCGAGGCGGCGGCGACUGAGAAGGCAGCGGGGCGGCGGCGGCGGCCACGGCGGCUCUGGAGGCCGCAGUCCCGGUCCUGGCUUCGGCCCCAGCCCCACCAUGGUGACGCUCGCCGAGCUGCUGGUGCUCCUGGCUGCUCUCGUGGCCACGGCUUCGGGCUACUUCGUCAGCAUCGACGCGCACGCCGAGGAGUGCUUCUUCGAGCGGGUCACCUCGGGCACCAAGAUGGGCCUCAUCUUCGAGGUGGCCGAGGGCGGCUUCCUGGACAUCGACGUGGAGAUUACAGGACCUGAUAAUAAAGGGAUUUAUAAAGGAGACCGAGAGUCCAGUGGGAAAUACACAUUUGCCGCUCACAUGGACGGAACGUAUAAGUUUUGUUUUAGUAAUAGGAUGUCUACCAUGACUCCAAAGAUAGUGAUGUUCACCAUUGACAUUGGGGAGGCCCCAAAAGGACAAGACAUGGAAACAGAAGGUGGUGGAGACACCUGGGACGCUCACCAGAACAAGCUAGAAGAAAUGAUCAACGAGUUAGCAGUGGCGAUGACUGCUGUGAAGCAUGAGCAGGAGUACAUGGAAGUUCGGGAGAGGAUACACAGAGCCAGUAAGUUCACACAUGAGUUGCCCCAUGUCUAA